AUGUCCCUCGUCGCGCGUCUCUCCCUAAUCGCAGGGGCCGCACUCUCCCUCGGGAGACCGGGUCUAGGUGCACCCUGGUCGCCUCCUCCGCACCAGUGUCCCAAUGGCCAGUUUGUUGUCGAGCUCCAGCCUGCUGAGCAUAUUGUCAAGCGUCCCAUCGACAUCAACACUUACUGCCCUCGUCCCACGGAGAUUCCCAUCGACGAUGAUCUGACCCUCACCGUCCGUGAUGCUCCGACCUCAAUCGUUACCCGCGUAACUUGCAUUGAGAAGAUCUAUACGACUUACACUAAGAUUCGACCUGGUCAUGGAACUUGGGAGGGUCCCUGGGCCACCGCUACCGCCAUUGGCUGUAACCACUGUCCUAACGGAGGCUUCCCCAUUCCCCCUCUGUAUGGAGGAGGUCGUGGAACCGUCUGGAUUCAGCCGACCAACGGUGCUCAACCCAGCUUCAACGGUCCAUUCUCUACUACGACUCUCCAAUGUGACAACUGCGGCGGCCCCCAGGCAAUUAGCAUUACCCUGCCUCCUUCGCGUCCAGGUGGACCGGGAACCGUCAUUGUUAUCCCUGCCGCCACGACUGAGCCCUUUGACGGUCCCUAUGUUACCCUGACUGCUCCUUACACCGGAACGGCGCCCACGACUGUCAACCUUCCUCCUGGUCCUGGCGACUCUACUGGAACUGCUAUUGUUUUCGAUCCUGCGGUUUCCGAGGCUGAUUUCACUGGUCCCUUCACAACCCUGACGGCUGCCCAUACUGGCACUGCCACCAGCACCCUCAGCCUUCCACCUGGCCCUGGCGAGUCAACCGGCACUAUCGUCAUCCUGGCCCCCGAAACUCCUGCUCCUGAAUUUACGGGCCCUUAUACAACUGUUGCCGGUGUCCACACCGGCACUGAUACCACGACCUUGAGCCUUCCGCCCGGCCCUGGGGAUUCGACUGGUACCGUGGUUGUUCUCUCUCCUGAAACGCCCGCACCUGAGUUCACUGGUCCAUUCACUACCCUCACUGGGGCUCACACAGGCACCGGCACGAGCACGCUCAGCCUGCCCCCGGGACCCGGUGACGAAACCGGCACCAUCGUGAUCUUGGCCCCCGAGACCCCUGCUCCCGAGUUCACUGGCCCCUACACGACCGUCGCUGGCGUUCAUACUGGAACGGAUACUACUACGCUCAGUCUGCCCCCCGGACCUGGUGACUCGACUGGGACUGUGGUUGUUCUAUCCCCUGAGACGCCCGCCCCUGAGUUUACCGGUCCGUUCGUGACGAUUUCUGCCGAGCAGACUGGAACUGAGGCUGGCACGUUCACUCUGCCGCCUGGUCCUGGAGCUGAAACCGGCACCGUCGUGGUUGUUGGCCCAGCUGCGCCCACUCCUGAGUUUACCGGACCUUUUACUACAGUUUCCGGCGUGCAUACUGGUACGGAUACCACGACUGUCAGCCUUCCUCCUGGCCCUGGCGAUGAGACUGGAACGGUUAUUGUUCUUUCUCCCCAAACUGCCGCUCCUGAGUUCACUGGUCCCUUCACUACUAUUGCCGCGGAACAGACCGGCACUGAAGCUGGCACGUUUACCUUGCCCCCCGGCCCUGGUGAUGAGACUGGCACAGUCGUUGUUGUGACCCCUCGCUCGUCCUUUACUGGUCCUCUUACCACUCUUACGGCCCCUCAGACCGGUACUGAAGUUGGAACUUUCACUGUCCCCCCCGGUCCCGGUGAUGAGACUGGAACAGUCAUUGUUGUUGGUCCUCAGAGCACCUUUACUGGUCCUCUCACCACUCUUACUGCUCCCCAGACCGGGACGGAAGUUGGGACUUUCACCUUGCCCCCUGGCCCUGGUGAUGAGACCGGAACAGUCAUCGUUGUUGGUCCUCAGAGUACCUUCACUGGUCCGUUUACCACGCUCACUGCGCCCCAGACUGGCACUGAAGUUGGAACUUUCACGCUUCCUCCGGGCGAGGGCGAUGAGACUGGAACUGUUGUCGUCGUUGGCCCUACCUCUUCCUUCACUGGCCCUCUCACUACUAUUACUGCUCCUCAAACCGGAACCGAGGCCGGCACUUUCACGUUGCCCCCUGGCCCCGGUGACGAGACUGGCACUGUUAUUGUCGUAGGCCCCCAGUCGACGUUCACUGGCCCAUUCACGACGAUCACCGCUCCUCAAACGGGCACUGAAGUCGGAACCUUUACCGUGCCCCCUGCUGAUGGUGACGAGACUGGUACUGUUAUCGUUGUUGGCCCUCAGUCGACCUUCACUGGACCCUUCACAACUGUCACUGCUCCCCAAACUGGCACUGAAACCGGCGUGAUCACAAUCCCCCCUGGCCCUGGCGAUGAGACUGGCACUGUUGUUGUCCUCGCACCUCAGACGGCGGCGCCCAGUUUCACCGGUCCUUUCACAACCAUCACGGGUCAGCAUACUGGAAGCGAAACCACCACCGUCUCCCUGCCUCCUGGCCCCGGUGAUGAGACUGGUACUGCCAUCGUCCUUGUUCCUGAGCCGACCUCUGAGCCUGCCUUCACUGGUCCCUUCACCACUAUUACUGGCGGAGGUUAUCCUGGCCCCGAACCCACCACCCUCACCUUCACGCCUACUGACGGUUCGGGCACGGGUACGGUUAUUGUCUUAACGCCCACUGCCGCUCCUACCGAUGAACCUACCACUGGGGGUUCGACCGUCGAGCCCUCCGAGACCGACAGUACUCCUAGCACCACGGAUCUUUCCACCGAGGACGUCAGCGAUUUGAGCACUGCCAGCUCUGCGCCCUCUGACACCGAGUCCCCCACCACUGAUAUUUCCACCGGUGACCUCUCGUCUGUGACCACUGGCAGCUCUCAGCCUUCCGAGACCGAGACUCUCUCUACUGGCACCUCCCCUAGCGAGUCCGCCUCGGACACUACAGUCGAGCCUUCUAGUUCGGAAACCGCUCCUACCGGCUCCGAGACUGAACCGACUACCGAUGUUCUACCCACGGACACUCAGAGUUCUACUGAGGGUCCCGAGGCUACCUCGACUACCGGAGGACCUGAGGAAACAUCCGCGACGGAGACUCCUUCCUCUUCCGACCAGCCGACCGAGAAUCCUUCGUCUUCUGAGCAGCCCACCGAGACACCUACUGAGAAUCCCUCUUCGUCCGAGCAACCAUCAGAGACUCCUACUGAGACUCCCUCUUCCUCCGAGCAGCCAACUGAGAAUCCUUCUUCAUCUGAGGAGCCCACCGAGAUCCCCAGCACUACCGAGGAGCCCACAGAAACUCCCACAUCUUCUGACGAAACAACGGAGACUCCCAGCUCUACUGAGGAGCCCACCGAGACUCCUAGCUCGACUGAAGAGCCUACGGAAAUUCCCACAUCUUCUGAAGGACCCUCGGAGGCUCCUAGCUCUACUGAGGAACCAACCGAAACCCCUACUUCUACUGAGGAGCCUACCGAAACUCCUACAUCUUCAGAAGAACCCACUGAGACUCCCAGCUCCACUGAGGAGCCGACUGAGACGCCCAGCUCGACUGAAGAGCCCACCGAGACUCCUAGCUCGACUGAAGAGCCUACGGAAACUCCUAGCUCUACAGAGGAACCAACCGAGACGCCUAGCUCUACGGGAGAACCUACAGAAACCCCCAGCUCUACUGAGGAGCCCAGCUCUACAGAGCCGACCGAGACGCCUACGGAGACUUCCGAUACUCCCACCAGCACUCCCACCGCGCCACUCCUGUGUCCCUCAAUGCCCGAACCUUGCAGCACGCUCGAAACAGUCACGAAUCCUCUGGAGUAUGUGGCCAGAAUUGGUCUUUGCACGACAGCUCUUGGCGUCUUCGGUGCGGGUGAAGCCGCCAUCUGUUUGACUGAACUCAAUCCCAUCGACGUGUUUAACUGCUUGACCGAUCUCUACGACAACUACUGCAUUACGGAGCUUCCCGUAGAGUGUACAGAGCUUGGCGACCCCGGUCUUGUCGACUUCACUAUUAAUCUGGCCACUUGCGCUACUAAGCUCGGUCCUUGGGCUAUUGGCACAGCCGCCACAUGUUUCAGCUCUUCUUGGAGUAACGGUCAAGAAGCUCUGGAUUGUAUCAACACUGCUCUUGGGUUUGAUUCCGGAUCUUCGCCGACUUCGCCGGUUGCGACUGAGACGCCUACCCUCUCCGAGCCCGUCGUGACUCCUACCGCCACGUUCACUCCUCCUGUUAUCGCUGGACCUGGCUGUCCUGAAAUGCCCGCACCCUGCAGCGCCCUUGAGACGUUGACCAAUCCCUUAGAAUACGUAACCGCGAUUGCGGCCUGUACUACGGCGCUCGGCGUGUUCGGCACCGGGCAGGCUGCUGUUUGUGUGGCUGAGCUUCUGCCUUCCGAUGUCUUCACCUGUUUGGACGAUCUGUUCCAGAGCUUCUGUCUUACGGAGCUUCCCGAGGAGUGUACUAGCCUCGCAGACCCUGGCCUCGUCGACUUUACCGUCAACCUGGCUGCUUGCGCUGUUACGCUCGGUCCCUGGGCUACGGGUACUGCCGCUGUCUGCUUCAGUUCUAGCUUCGGCAACGGCCAGGAUGCCUUGGAUUGUAUCACUCAGAAUCUCGGCCUCGCUUAA